CUUGACGGCUUUGGAGAAGACGACGAAAUGGUUCUUCCUUCUGGAAGGGUGCUGGGUGCUGACCUGUUUUAACGCACUACGGGAUUCUUAAAUUGCACUCAGAAUCGGGUAUCGGCAUGAUAACUGGGCCGGUAAUGGUUCGAGCCAAGCUGACUGUCUUCUAAGAUCUCCGUGCUGCGCUGGGCAUGGCAGAUCCUCAAAGCGCCAACGUCAAUCUGCCUCCCGGCCCUUUCGCCGGGGUGGGUGAAGCUCCGCAAAAUCCGGAGAGUGCUCAGCCCAUGGGCGAUGCACAGAAACGGGUGUCUAUUCCGCAACCCGAAGCACAGCGGCUUUCACCGCCCCUGGCUUCUACAACUCCGGGCAGUGUUCCUCCUAUUAAGGAGUACGUAGCUGCCAUUAAGACGUACGAAGAACUGGUUGGUGAGCAGUUGAUGCGUGGGAAAAUGUUUUUCGAAAGUAAGCCUGUGGGAUCUUUUGCUGACAAGGAUGGCAAUCGUAGGCAACUUAGCGGAAAGCUUAAUGAAGGGUUUCAAGACUUCGCGGGUGAACGCAAUCAAGCGAAAGGUACUAUGCAGGAUUAUUACGGCCAACCAACCAUGAUGGCAGGUAUGGCUGGUUCACCGCAAAGUUACUACCCUGCGCAAUAUGCUCAAGGACAAGUGUAUGGUCAGCAGCCGUUGCUAGGACAGACGUCGCAGACCCAACUCCAGAAUGCUAAUAUGUAUUAUGGACAAAGUGCAGCGCAAAUGUAUAGUCCACAAGGGGUCGCAUAUGGACAGGUGGCACAGCAAUCUUAUGGAUACCCCAAUGUAAUGCCGCAGCCGCAGAGUCCAAUGCAAGCCACGUACGGACAACCAGCACCACAACCGUACACCCCAUCACCGGCUACGUAUGGCCAGACCGUACAACAAACGUAUCCAUCGCCCACUCCUUAUGGACAGCCUACGCAACAGCAGACACAGAAUAUCUACGGGCAGCAAGCAGACCAAGCAGGUAGUCAAGUGCCCGCACUGACAGCUUCCAAUGCUCCUCAGAGUAAGCCUGCUGUGCAACCUGUCCGGCAACUAUCGCAGACUUUCGAGCUCACAACGAAUAUCUAUCAGCCACAGCAGUCGCGUAGUUACCUUCCAAAUGCGCCGCAAGAUCAGCAGACUGGCUCUGAGAGAGCGCAGGAGGCAGAGGAAGUUCUCAAAAUGAUUGAAGACGAAAUAGCAGUGUUUGAAAUUGAACAAGAACUUGUCCGUCGAAGAAAGCUCGACGAGCAAAAGGACAACAUUUUGCGAAAAAUCAAGGAGGACAUUGCGGAAUUUGACAAAGAACGAAUGCUUGAACGUGAGAAAAAGGCAAAAGAACUAGCAACCAAAAAGUCGGCCGAGAAAAGUAAAAGUAAGGACAGCAAAGCUGGGUCGAAGAAAAAGAAGGGAAAGACUGACGAUGAUGAAGAAUCUGAAGAGGACACAAAGAAGUCUAAAAAGUCAAAGCGGCCUAAGAGCAAGGAAAGCAAGAAAGGUUCAAAGAAAAGUUCUAAGAGAGAUUCGUCCUCUGACAGGGAAUCAUCUUCAGAAGACAAAAAACGAACUCAGAGAAGUAAGAGUAGGAGCCGUUCUGGGAGGGUUAAAGACGAUGGGGAGGACGGGCCUUACCAGCGAGAUCGUGCACGAGAACGAAGUAGGGAACGUGACGUGUACUCGGACGACAGCCGGGAACCACGGGGGCGGUCACCAAAGUCAAGAGAGUACGACUUCGAUAGGAAACGCGCUCCUCCAGGUAGAGGUAAACUAGCGGACGAUCACAGCGACGGCUCCGAAGACCGACGAAGGAGUUGGGGGAAAGAAGGGGAUAGAAGAGAAAGCAACGACCUAAAUGAAAGCUACGUUGAUCGCCGACCUCGUAUGUACGAUGAUGAAAACUGGGAUAGGUCCGUAGAUGAAAGACGUUCCCGGACCCGUCGAAGGUCCAGCGAUGACUUACAGUCUGACAAAUAUGAGCGACGUCCACCGCUGCGUGCGAGUUCCCGGGACCUCCGGGGUCGCUCUCGCCAGCGAGGGAGCUCCAGAGAUGUUGGUGAUCGGUAUGAUGACUACGAUGGCCGAAAACGUCAGAAAAACGGGUCUGACGCCGGUGUAGACGACUAUCGAGCGCGAUCAAGGUCUAGACAUGAACGACAUGACGACGGGGAUGAACGCAGAACCUCAUUGCGAUGUGACAGAAAGUACAGUGAAGACUCUGGAACGCUUGAAUCAAGAAACAAGUUCGACCGAAGUGACGUGUACGAUGACAGAACUUCAGCCCAAAGAGGACGGAAGGAUAAGCACGAGUUUGAGCCCCACAUCAAGGGGGAUGCCGGUACUGGGUACCCUCCUGGAGCGGUAGCGUUUUUCAGGUACGAAACGGUACCACUGUGGACCAACCAACAAGUUGGAAUACCCGUACCGGCUACCGCGGCGUUGCCAGCAGGACCAGCUGGCAUUAUCCCUGUUGCUCAACCUGCUGCAAAAAAGUCACCGGAGGUGCCCGAUGCAAAUCCUCCAGACAACGAGCACCCAGACCCGAAGGAUGAGAAAACAGAUGAAAAGUCACAGGAUGUCGAUCCCGAGAAAGAUCAGAAAGAGGGAGCACAAGAUGCUGCUGAAGGAAGCGGGAAGAAAGCAAAAUCUGAAGAAGCCCCGGACAAAGCAAAGGAAUUAGCCAUGGUGGUGGCAGCGGACGGAGGCAUGCAGGGGUUCCGCAUGAUGACCAAGAUCAGCACGACCCGCCUGACUGAGAAACCUGAGCCACCUCCUCAGCCAGUCAUUCAGUACAUACCUGUACCGCAAUACAUUCCCAUUUAUAUACCCCAACCGGCUCCUGAACCGCCUCCCCCUCCACCGCCUCCCCCUCCACCGCCUCCACCACCAAAGAAAGUACCAGAACCAGAACCAUGUCCACCAGAGCCUCCGAAAGAAGGUUUCGUCUUGCAGGCUACUCCACUUGACAAUGACGCUGUAUCUGUCGAAGCUACACUAGAAAUUCAGCCAACAAAAAAGAAAAAGAAAUCAAAGAAACAAUACCAAGAGUUCGGCUUGCAAGUGAAAUCAGACCCUGACCCAAAAGGUAAGAUGGAUUUCGCGCUACAGGCGCGUGAGGUUUCUGACAACCGAAGACAAGGGUAUCCCUCUGGGCACCUCUGGGGAGAUGACAAUGGCGAAGAGGAACUUACACAGUACGAGGAUGUGCGUCCAUCACCGCGGUCACGUCGCUCUAGAACAGAAUGGGACAGGCGUGAAGAAGGUGGUGCACACAGAGGACGCCGCCGCAGUCGACCGUACCGCGGAUCUCCUCGUGGAAGACGAAGCCCAAGAAGGCCGACACGCUCCCCGCGUGUACAAGCAAAGCGACAGCAUGGGUUCCACGAUAACAAGUACCGUGAUGACAGGCGGUACAGGGACCGUGACUUCGACGAAAGAAAAUCUCGUGAGCGUGAGUUUGGCGACAGGAGAUCCCCGGAACGGGAACCUGAUCCACGAAGAGACCGCGACCGUGCGUUGGACGAUAGAAUGCUGCGAGAGAGAGAGUUCGCAGAAAGAAGAUCACGGGAUCGGGAGUUCGACAUUCGACGUGAACGAGACCGUGGAGAUCCGGAUAGACACAUCCAUCCAGAUGACGUAAAACAGAAGCUUCCCGAAACACAGCCAUCCCCAUCACUGUACUGUGAUAUUAAUAUUGACUUGCACGACUAUGCUGACGUUGAAUGUCGCGAGCCACCUAAACCUGAACUUCGCCGAUACUCCGAUAACGAACAACGCAAAUCUCCUGAGCCUACUAGACGAGGAGUGUCGCAGGACCCUACAGGACGCGGUUUGUCGCAGGAACCUCAAAGACCCUGUUCACCUCCUGUUGACCCACGUGACAUGGUGCGGCGUGGACAACUUGACGCACCGCAAUACAGACCUCCUGGUAUGGAGUACGGGGGAUAUGCUGAUGCUUCAACGUACAGACUGCCUGGAACUGACCACUGCGAGUACAAUGAUAUGGAACGACGUGCGUACCCUGAUGUACCAAGGUACAUGCCUCAUCCGGCUGAAUUGCGACAGUACCCUGAUAUGGAUGGGCGUAGGUAUCCUGAUGCACCAAUGUACAGAUAUGAUGCUGACGUCCGGGAAUAUCCUGGGGAGGGGCCUCGUGAGAGCCCCGACGCUCCGAAACGCUGGCCUCCCUUCACUGAUCAACGGCAGCUGCCACAUUUGAGCACGAGGAGGUGCUCACCGGAAACGUUCCGAGACGGAGAACACGACUAUCGUGCCAUUGGCCAUCCUAUGCAUCCGGAUUCAGUAGGGAGGCGGGAAUAUAUUGGUGUAGAAAACUAUAUCGUUCUUCAGACUAGCGACGCAAAUAUCCCUCAAUGCAGAGCGUACACUGGCGCUUCCCCGGAGAUGUCUAAAGCAGCGCCGCUUGCGCCAGUGGAUGUCGAAAAGAUGCAAGAUCCAGUGAAGAAAGGCAAAACGUACCUCAUGUCCAAGAAGGCUCUAGGACAAGUUGGUAACCUUGAAGGCUCUAAAUUUAUUAUUGUUCCUAAGAAGUUGUUAGAACCUCCUUCCGUACCCCCGACGAAAGCCAAGAUAAGGAAUCAACCGACUAUUGCUCCCAUGGUGGCACAAGUUCAUAUGCAGACGUCAUCAAGACCGCCAUCUCCAGUGCCACCUCUUCCUUGUACACAGGCUCAAAUUCAAAUGACGCAGUUGAGAAUGCCACAACCAGUGUGUCCACAACUGGUAACACAAAGGUCACCCCAACCAGUUCUGCAGGAAAACAUGCAGCCCCGACAAAGCAUACCCCCAGUGAUGCAGGCUCAACAGCGUAUGCAACCGAACAUGCAAAUAAACACACAGCAACUCGGGAUGCAACAAACCAUACAAAUGCAGUCUCCUCCACAAAUGCAAGCAACCCCGCAUCCGCCAUUAGCGCCGCAACCACAAUCUCCAAUGGAACCACAAUCUCGCUCGCAGCCGCAGCACGUUGUCCAGCAGCAGCCGCAGGCGACUCUGCAGCGUCAACCACAACCCGUUCUGCAGCAGCAACCGCAAGCAGCUCUGCAGCAGCAACAGCAACCACAGCAACAUGCUCCGCCCGGACAACAAAUGCACCAGUCAAUAAUUCAGCCCACACAAGUGCUCCAGCCCACACAAGCGCUCCAUCCCACACAAGCGCUCCAGCCCACACAAGCGCUCCAGCCCACACAAGCGCUCCAGCCCACACAAGCACUCCAGCCCACACAAGCGCUCCAUCCCACACAAGCGCUCCAGCCCACACAAGCGCUCCAGCCCACACAAGCAAUACAGUCCCGAACACUAACGCGGCCGCCACAACAGCUGCAAAUCCAAGCACCUAUACAACAGCAAAUUCGAGCUCCGCAACAGAUGCAGCACGUGCAAUUACAACAGCAAUUACAUCCUCAACAAGCUCUGCAACAGCAGCAGCAAUUACAACAGCUGCAACAACCUAUGCUGCUUCAACAAAUGCAGGCACAGCAGCAAAUGCAACACAUGCAGCAGCAAAUGCAAAUGCAGCAACAGAUGCAAAUGCUACCAACAGCUCCGAUGCAACGACCGCAUCUGCAGUCAUUGCAGGUUCAGCAGCCUUUGCAGGUUCAGCAGCCAAUUACACCAGAGAACGAUGCGGAAGAAAUCGAGAUACAUGUGCGGGAAGUGACGCGGUCAGUGGAAUGUCUUCAAGAACACGGUUCAUCGAAUACUGAAUCAGAAUUUUCUUUGCGAGACGAAAAAACCAUGGAGUACGUGCAACGACGUGUCAUAGGACUGCAAGGACAAGACGGAAACAUUAUUCAAAUUGACCACAAAAGCAGUGUAACAGUCUUCGAGGAGAUAUCAGAAACGGACGAAAGUCUUGGACCGGAAGUUAGGGACGCUGAUGUGCAAACAUCCAAAGAGGAACGAUUCAUAUACAUCCCUGCUUAUAAUGAAGAGGUACAAGUGGAUGAUGCACGAAAAUCCAAAGCUACCAUGGCUAGAGUUAAGACUAAGAGUUCUGAAGCAGGCACUCAUGAUGCAGGAGCGACUCGUCCUGCUGAAGUGCAGGCAGAAAUCGAAAUAGACUUUAAUAUGCAAGGCUUGGGCCUAAUGCCAGACUACCCUUUUGUACAGUCUAGACCGUCCCCAUACGACCCCUCUUUUCCGCAAAGUUACCCUUACGAAUACCCUAACGCCCCACGCAGUAUGAAUUUGCAAAUGUCCCAACAAAUGGCGGGUCUCACAAUGACUCUUCAGACUGAGCCUCCACCGCCGUCACAUCCGCAGCAUUCACGUCAUCAACACCAUCACCAGGAGAAGGAAAAGCCAACAUACAAAAUCGCUUAUUUGUUACCUAAAGGUACCGAAAUCGCUCGUCAGAGAAUCGAAGACCGAGAUGACGACCAGGAACCCGUAGGUGCAGCUGUAGGUUCUCAGUGUCUGUCACUAUAUGAAAGAUUCAUAAACUGGAUUUAUCCGGACCCCAAGCAGACAGAGGACGUGAGCGCUAUGACAGAAGCAGAGGAGCUUCUCGAAGACAAGAAGUUACAGCUUAAAUCAGCCGAAGGACAGAGGAGAAAAUCGUCAGGGGGUGGUGCUAUGAAGAAGGACGCCGGAGGCAAAGCUAUGGCUUCUCGCGCUGAUAAUAAAGGUAAAAUAGAAGAACCUACAAAAGCGCAAGACGACAACGGUAACAAUGCUAUCGGUAGAGUCAAAGAAGGCGGCAAAGGUGCAGAUGAUGUGUCAGCUGAGAAGAAAGGUGUUGACGGACCAUUGAAAGUAAGUACUGAGGGAAAUGGAAAAAAGGAAGAACUCGAAGAUAAGGGCGAGACUAAAUCUUUCAAGGUAGAAGAGGAAAAGUCUUCAGGUAAAUCUGCGGAAGCCGAUAAAGCUGAUAAAGACACCGUGAAGACAGAUGAAAAAGAAAAGAAAACCGAUGAUGACACAACCAACAAAGAACAGAAAACAGGAGGCGAGCAGGAGGAAGCCAAGAAAGAGGAUGCUAAGAAAGAUGAGGACGAGAAAAAGGCGAAAAAACCUCUGGUGUCGGUUCCUAUAAAAUUACCGUGGUGUGGCUAUGACUACGAGCGUGAAGAAACACGGCAGCCUGACGGUACCAUGGCCGGAGAAAUACGUUACUCAGGAAUGAAUUUCCGUCCAAAACCAAAACCGGAGCCAGAAACGAAGCCUCCGCAAUCUGACACAUUUGGCUUUCCUUUCGGGCUUUACAAUGACGUCGUGCUCCCUAAACAGGGCCAGGAUCCCAAAAGUUACCGCAUUGACUACUACGAGGAAAGCCAUACCUCUCCUAACGAAGAUGAUAGUGACAAUUACCAGAGAGAGCGCCACCUCAGUCGCUACACAAGGGUUAGUGCGGAACGAUUGGGACCAGUACAUACGAAUAUUCUAGCACCACGCACAAGUCAUGCGGUUCCCAGCAGGCAAAGCGCUCAAAGCCGCCAAAGUGCUCAGAGCCGCCAAAGCGCUCAGAGCCGCCAAAGCGCACAUAGUCAUCAAAGCGGUCAAAGCCGUCAGCCUUCGUUAAGUCGGCAGACCGUUGUCAGUCGCCACAGCCGCCUGAACUAUCAACAACGAGAAGAAGGUACAGAGAAUCAAACAGAAGAAAAAACUGUAGAUGACAGCUUCCAACCCGAGGUGCGCAUCCGGCUACAUUUCGCGGACAGCGAUAGCCAAUCCUCCGUGAGCCAGAAUGCCUGGAAGACACCCAACAUGCUGGUAUCAUAUGCUCACAAGAAUUUCGACGAAAAAACUCUGAAACAGGAGGACGAUGAUGAUGAUGACGACCCUUUGCAAUCGUCCCAAAUGAUGUGUUCGCAAAGCUCCACUAAAAGGCUUCUUAAGCGAAAGAAGAAAAACCGUCUUGCUGAUAAGGAGCUGCUGGCCUACUCCGUUGUGGUAGUGGUUUCCGUUGCCGCCCUGGCUCUAUUGAUAACCUUAACUGGCACGAAAGUUCACGGAAAUAACGCCUUUGGAUGGGAUCAUCGCAGUCCAUUCAAUAUCACAAGACUUGCACCGAAUAGGCGUGAGGUCCAGCGGUUAUACCGAGGAGGCAAUGAUUUGUAUCACGCUCCGCAUACAGCAUGUAAAGAUGCGAAAUGCUUAGCUUCAGUAGGAGCGGCUUUCGUCAAAUCCUUAAGGCGGAACGGCUCCUUAGCUCCGUGCAAAGAUUUCUACGGAUACAUCUGCGGGCAGCACAGCACAUUGGCGUCCAAGAGCGCGCAGCAAGCGCUUGAAGAUGGUCUUCUUAGGGUUAUUAAAUCGAACGCGAACUACCCGGAGCUUAUCACAGCGAGGAUGCUUUACAAAGAAUGCUUGGACAAAAAAAACAUCGACCAGCACGGCUGGGAUCCUCUGGCUGACCUGCAAGAGCAAACUGGUCUAUCUGGAUGGCCCUUUAGCGCUGCUCAGCCUAAAGCUCAAGUGUGGAAAGCAGCGGCCCGCCUUGUGCGCAUAUUUAACGAGCCCGCGCUUUUGUCUCUUAGCACGGAGCACCAUCCGUUCCGUCGGCAGGAGUGGAUUAUUAGCGUUGGAGAAUCGAAGCUACUACUUGAGCCAAAACCGACGAACGACUCCAUCGAACGAUACACUCUUGCCGUAAAGGAAGCGCUAUCCCCCUUUAAGGAACACAUUGCGGACCCGUUUUACGCUGCAGAGGUGACAAACUUCGAACACCAACUGGCGCUCAUAACACGCACUCAUCCAGCACCAACCAUUACAACGGUUGGUGCGCUGUCCCAGCUAACAGAGUUCUUGAAGAUAGCAUUUGAAAACACGACUGCUAUCAAGUCGACCACUGAGCUGCUCGUUAAAUCUCCGGAAUUUGUGGAAGAACUCAUUGCACUCGUCAGCAAAACUCCGCCGCGUGUCGUGCUCAAUUUUUUGGGCUUUCGAGAACUGGUGGCCGCAUCACCGUUCCUGCCUUCCCAGCUUCGGAGCUUAGCAAGGCUGAGAGGAUGGGGCACACUUCGCAAGCAAAUCUGCAUGAACGUUGUCACUGAGGCAUUACCCGCCAUGUCUCUCUACGCUAUCUUCCAUGCCUUCCAACCAGGACUGGAAAGCUUCAUUCACGCUAACGUUACGGGUGCAGCGAAAGAAGUCAUUACUAAUAUGGUUAACGCUACUCACUGGAUGGACGACUGGACAAAAUCGAAGGCUAAGAAAAGAGUGUCCGAGAGCGACAUACGCGCGUUUUACCCACGGUGGAUAUCAGACAAGUUUAAGGUGUUUGCUCAGCACGAAAACGUACCUAUGGUUGUGGAAGGGGAAGGCUUGAGCUCGUACGUGGCCGUUCGUAAGACCUACUUUGACAACAGAGUAAGGAAGGAAGACUCGGUCAUCGGCGAGCGGUGGCUUGGUACAGUCUUCGAUACAGCCUGCUCCUACGAUGUACAGAUGAAGCAGAUAUAUGUCCCCGUGUCGUUCUUCAACGUCAGCGCGCCUUCUAACGAGAACUAUUUGCUACUUCACAUCCCAAACGCUGUGACUAAGCUGUCUGCGUGUCUUAUGGUAACACUUCUAGAAGAAGGAGGGUCUCCAAAGCACACGGAUGACAUUUACUCAAAGUACAGCUGGAGCGCCGGUACAAAGCGCCAAUUUGAAUCUGUGAAGAGGUGCUAUGCCGGCCAAAUACUCGGGACCAAAGUAAAUAUGUCUGCAAUUGAUUGGGGAACACUACUUUCCAUCAUGUCUCAGAGUGGGGCCAUAGCGCCAGCGUACCGAAUAUACAAGGACUUCAUCAAUCAAAAAGGAAUUUCUGCAAGCAGCUUUAAGAACGCAGUGAACGCAUCUGUUGAUCAAUUCUUCUUCAUGGAGUAUGCAUGGAGUUUUUGCGACGCGCCUAACACGCUCACUCAACCAGGAUCGUUACGCAUGUCAACAAAAGACAGAGUCAACUUUAUCAUGAAGAAUAGCCCGGAAUUCCAGAAAGCAUUCAAGUGCUCUGAGAGGAGUACGAUGAACCCGUCCAAAAAGUGCCGUGUCUGGGGACCCUAGCUGCUGCCAGAGUGCGGCCCGUCGCAGAAAUCUGCGUUUUAGUUUUUAAAAAUACAUAUCAGUCAGAAUCGUUUUAAGCCUGUCACCUCGUAGACAACAAAGGACGUCUAGCUUAUUCUGCUGGAAUGGUGUAAGAUAAAGCGAGCGAAGGAGCUGGUGCUGCCAUCGUUAAAUUACAUCGUCUUUUAACUUCCCAUUAAAGGGCCCUGUGUACAAAUGUA